AUGGCAAUGAAGAUCGCCCUAUCCAUCUUGUCACUCUUGCCCGCCGCCCUUGCCACCACUUGCGUGGCAGAGUCUGGCUGCGCCGGCUGUGGCCAAGUCGCCAGCGCCUCGUUCGUCCAGGACGGCAGCGACCUGGUGGCCGACGCUCCUGGCUGGGGAACCUUGACCUUGUCUGGCUCCACCAUUGAGCUUGAGAACGUGUCUGGUAGCGUCUUGACGAUUUGCAAUUAUGGCACCGUCUGCUACUACAUCUCGGAACACAGUUCUUGCACUGUCGGCAAGCCUGAUUCAUUCAAUACCGGCCUAGGAAUUCAGGUCUGGCAGCACCCAUAA